CGCAUCUCAUAGAGAGCGAGAGAGAGAGAGAGAGAGAGAGAUGGGGAAGCAAAUGGAGCCUCCGACGAACUGCCAGAAGUACGGCGUUCCUCUCUACGGAGCCGCGUGGGUACCAUCGAGCGCAAUCAGAUCUGACGCAAAUCCAACCCAAGAAGGAGAGCGUCGCGACGGCAAGGACGAACCCUCCGCCGAAGGAUCGCCGCCGUCGUUCAAGGCAGAGAAGUACCUUGUAUUCGCCGGAGGCGGCGGCGAAGGCCGUAGCGGCAUUCCCAACGCUCUCCUCCUCGCGCACUUCGAUUUCGACUCCAAUUCCCUAUCCGAUCAGCCUGUUGCAAAGCUUGAAACUGGUACUGAUUUGCCUUACAGAAUGGCUGUCCACCCUGGAGGAGACGGUGUUAUUUGUUCAUUGCCAAAAAGUUGCAGACGAAUUGAUUGGGAUACAGUCAAGAGCACGAAUCUAUGCAAAUGGGGUCUCAAGAUGUCUGGCAAUGUCCUAACUCAACUGGAAGAUGUUGGGCAACAGUUAGCAUUGACUUUUAAUGCUGAGGGUUCUGUACUUGCUGUUGGAGGCGAGGAUGGAAAGUUGAGGGUUUUCAAGUGGCCUAACAUGGAAAUUAUUCUUGAUGAAGCAAAUGCUCAUGCCUCUGUUAAGGACUUGGAUUUCAGCACUGAUGGGAAAUUUCUUGUCUCAGUAGGAAGUGGUAGCCAUGGUAGGGUUUGGGAUGUAGCAUCGCGAGCACCUGUAGCUUCGUUGUCAAAGGAAAAUGAUGAGGUUUUUGGUUUCUGCAGAUUCUCAAAAGAUGCUAGCAAGGAUCAGGUUCUGUAUAUCACUUCCAUGCGAGGUCAAGGUGGAAGUAUUGUGAAAUGGGACACUUCUACAUGGCAGAGGAUGAGCUCGAAGCUUGUAGUUCGGGAUCCAGUUUCUGCUUUCAACAUUUCAGCUGAUGGAAAGCUGCUUGCAAUAGGGACAAUUCAAGGCGACAUUUUUAUUGUAAAUUCCGCCAAUAUGCAUGUGCUGAAUAUGGUUAGAAAAGCACACCUUGGCCUUGUAACUGCGUUGAUGUUCUCCCAAGACUCAAGGGCUUUGGUCUCUGCGUCCUUGGAUUCGAGUGCAAGGGUGACUCUAAUCAAAGAUGAGAAGAAAACUGGACUGAGCUUGUGGGUGAUCAUAUUAAUCGUUUUUCUUGCUGUAGCUGUUUAUUAUAUGAAAGCUGAAGGCAUCCUUCCAUAAGUUGAUUUUGCCAUCGGACGGACCGAGAUACUGUAACAGUUCCAUAAAUCAAAUACAAAAUUAAAAGGCUUGUUUGUGAGGCAAAGAAGUGAGUGCCUUCUUGGACAUUGGGUUAAUCCAGAGCUGAAAAUUGGUGAACUUUAGUGCCUAAACAAGUAGCUGAUACAAGCCCAUUUUAGAAUGUCAUUGUUGGUGGUGAAACCUCGUUGUUGGCAUCUUGUAAAAAAUGUCUUAGCGGAAGGUUACUUCUUUGUUUGCAGCCAUUACAUCUCUUUUGAAAUUGCUGCUUUGCCAGAACAUUGUUGCUUUAGAUACUGUUUCUUCUUGUAACCAACUCUAGUUUCAAGUACCGGCAAUGGCAGCUUAGUGGUUGGCAUAGGGAGAAUACAUCACGUUGUGAAUUUGACUUUGCAAAUACGAGUCACGAUAUUGUUUGGA